AUGAAUACAAGCAACGGCGCCGAUGCGCUCGAAGAGACCCUCAGCCGGCUGUCCAAGAAACCUGGCGUGAAGGCGACUAUCGCCCUCGACCGAGCCUCUGGCGCGAUCCUUAAGACAGCUGGACAAAUCUCGUCGUUGCGAACGUCCAAGUCCCAACAGCAGCAACAAGAUUCACAAUCAACAGCCGCCGCAGCCAGCUCGCUUUCCGCCUCUACCUCCGAUGUCCCCGCCUCAUCUGGAAGCGCCGUGGCUGCAGGGACGAGCAGCGAGACGCAAGGAGCCGAGGAACUGGCGUCGAUGGUGUGGGCUUUCGUGAACUCGGCCGGCGGGCUGGUGCAUGGCCUGGAUACGGAGGAUGAGCUGAAGCUGCUUCGAGUGCGCACCAAGAAGCAGGAGCUUGUUAUUGUUCCGGACGCGAAGUAUCUGCUGAUCGUAAUCCACGAGACACCGGCGGCUUGA